AUGGAAUUUGGAGUCGGGGGACAGUUAGGUUUUGUUUCUUUGAAGAAAAAGUUAUCCAUUAAGGUUGCAGAAAGCAAUUUGAGUGAUUUAAGAGAGUUAGCUAGAAGAAUGAAGACUAUAUCAAGGAAUACUUUCAAGAGGAAAUAUGGGAAUUUAUUAGGUUUUGCUGAAAGUGGAAGCUCAAGCUGUAACAAUCACAGCUUUGACCUAAUACUACGACCCACCGUUAAGAUGUUUCACCUUCCAAGAUUUUCAGGCAAUUCGAAAGGCAUCUCUCAGGGGUAUUUGGAGUGGUAUUUGCGGCAAUUGGCUGAAGAAGGGUUUGGAGAAACAUUCAUGGACGUGUUAGCUCUCACACUCUACGGAGUCAUGCUUUUCCCUAACAUGGAGAAUAUCGUUGACUACACUGCCAUUAAUGUGUUUGUGGCUUACAAAAAUCAUUCAGAAAGCCCAGUUAAUGCAAUUUUCGCUGAUGUGUACGAAAGUCUAAACCUUUGCUAUGAGCUCAAGAAGAAGAUGUUAUGUUGUCUACCUGUAUUGUCACGUAUCAUUUCAUGUGAAAAUUUUCCUAAUGUGCCUCUCAAAGGCACAAGGAGUUGUAUAAAUUAUACUCUUGUGCUAGCUCAACAACAAUAUGGGUAUCCCAUUCGAGGCGCUCCAAAUCCAGGAGCUUUGGUGCCCAUAUGGACUCAUUAUAAGGAAGGAGAUCUUGCUGAUUAUGAAGUAUUUCAUGACAGUGAAGUCACCAACAAUGGAGAUCUUGCACACUUAACAUUCCUUGUUGACACAGAGCCCAUAUCUUAG